AUGUCGACCGUCCCAUUCAGGGUCAAGGCCCUGUACGAAUACUCUUCUCCUCAUGAAGAUGAUUUGCAAUUCCCCGCCGGCGUCAUCAUCACCGUGACCGACGAGGAGGACGCCGAUUGGUACGGCGGAGAAUAUGUCGACGACUCCGGUGUCAAACAUGAAGGCAUUUUCCCUCGUAAUUUCGUCGAGAAGUUCGAGCCCCAAGCCCCGCCUCGUCCAACGCGAACUCGUCCCAAGAAAGAGCCCGAGGUCACAUCUCCCAUCUCGGAGCCGAGCGCGCCAGUUCACCCUCCUGCCCAACCAGAGCCUCAACCCGUCCAGGAAGCUCAGGAAGAGGAAGAACACCCCGCUGCCCCUGCUGCCGCUGCUCGUCCCGCCUCUCCCGAACCACCCGCAGCUCCCGAGCCCGCCCCCGCGAAGGCGCCUGAGCCUGUUCCUGAACCCGCCCCCGCCGCUCCUGCCCCGAAGCGUACCGAAUCUCCUGCGGCUACGUCGCCUCCCAUCGCCAAGGCCGCCCCCGCUCCUUCGAAGCCCGGCCCGCCGCCGAAGCCCUCUAGCAAUGCCUUCAAGGACCGCAUUGCAGCUUUCAAUAAGGCCUCGGCUGCCCCAAUUACGCCCUUCAAGCCGAGCGGUCUGGCUGGAGGAUCUAAUUUUAUCAAGAAGCCCUUCGUUGCGCCUCCUCCCAGCCGAAAUGCAUAUGUGCCUCCCCCUCAGCAGGCCCCGGUAGCCAAGGUCUACCGGAGAGACGAGGACCCCGAGAUAUUAGAGCGCGAGGCAGAGAACCAAGAGACCGCCGAAAAGGCUGGUAUAGCGGCUGCCCCUACAGGCGAAGAGGGCGAGGAUGCUCCCAAGCCCACAAGUUUGAAGGAGCGCAUUGCCCUUCUUCAGAGGCAGCAGAUGGAACAAGCACAGCGCCACGCAGAUGCUGCUGCUAAGAAAGAGAAGGCUAAGCGUCCCCCGCCUAAGAAGCGCACCGACAGCCAGGAGGCCACUGAAGAAGCUGGAACGGCGGCCGCCGCUCCGGAGGGCCUGGAUACCGACGAAGGUGCCGGUCGGAGCUCUGUGGACUCUCCCCGAAUGCCGCCCCCGCCCAGGCGCAAGUCCUCCCGAGGUCCCACCGCUGACGACGGAAAUGAGGCGGAUAUGUCGGGAGCCGGUGAUACCACUGAAGGGUUGGAGGAUCUUACUGAACGCGAUGACAGUGAUGCUGCCCCACGCCCUAUUCCUCGGCCGCAAGUGGCGUCGCCUACCGAGGCGCGCAAGGAUGACGAAAAAGAGGAGGACGACGUGGAAGAAGAGGAGGAGGAAGACGAUGUCGACCCCGAGGUUCGUAGAAAGGAAGAGCUUCGGGCGAGAAUGGCCAAGAUGAGCGGCGGAAUGGGUAUGCACGGCAUGUUUGGAAUUCCGAUGGGUGCGCCGGCCCCUCCGAAGAAAAAGAAGGUUGAGAAGCCUGUCGAGGCGCCCGCAGAUGAAGAACGCGAAGAGACCUCACCUGUUGGUCGCGUCCCUGUGCCGGGCAUGAUGGCGCUGCCCGGAAUGGGCGUACCCAGACGACAGGAGGAGCCUGUUGAGGCUAAUGAGCCUGAGCGUCCUACCUCCCCGAGAGCGCCGCCUCCGCCUCCGCGAACAGUUGAGGAGACACAUGACGAGCCCAUUGUUGGCUCUGCUCCCAGUUUGCCCGCUCGUGAGCCCGCUGGUGCGCCUCCCGUCCCUGGAUCCCGGCCCGCGCCGCCUCCUGUGCCAACCGAAGCUCGACCUCCUACAGCUGGAAUCAAGUCUCCGAGUGAGGGCUCAGAGUCUGACGAUGAGCUUUCUGGUGGUGGUGUCCAGGAUACACCAAAGGUUGAAGAGACUGCGCGCGCGCCUCCUCCGUUGCCGCCGGUCGCAACAGGUGGUUCGGCUCGCUCCCCGCCUCCUAUUCCCCAGCCCGGCGACGAAUUGUCGCCAACAUCACCCACCAGUGCUGGAAACAAACGCAUGAGCCGAUUGCCACCCCCAAUUCCUGGGUCAGCGCCUGCCGUUCCCCCAGCUCAAACACGACCGCCGCCCCCUCCCCCUCCUGGAGGUGCUUUGAGCCGUCAGUCAACACAGGACAUGCACGUGGCGUCACCGAUUUCACCGCCAAUCAGACCCCCGCCGCAAGGUGAGGAUGAAGAUGAGGUGACUGAAUAUGAGGGUGACUACGACACCGAUAUUGCCUCAUCAGUUCCGCACAAAGAUGCUCUCAAGGCUCACGCCCGAGACUCUAGUCUCGACGACAACAACUCAGUCAGAUCGCCAGUGUCAGAUGCUCCGCCGACGUUGCCACCUCCUAUUCCAACCGGCGCGGCUCCUCGGGCGGUCCCGCCUCCCAUUCCUUCUCAACCCCCACCUCCGCCAACUGACAAGCGACGGUCUGUGGACGUGCCGCGAGGAGCUCCACCGCCGCCGCCGCCUGUCAAGGAGUCGCCGGUGCCCACGCAGGACGACGACGAAUAUGACCCGUACAACUACUCUGCACCAAGAGUUCCUUAUCAACGAACCCCCAAGAUUGAGGAGGAAGGAUACUUCCCCCAAGAGGCCUUACCCUCGCCUUCGCAUUCGAGAGCCCCGCCGCCGGCACCUCCUACGGGUCGAGCUCGUCAGUCCCUAGAUAUUUCUAGAGCUUCCAUGUCACAGCGACGAUCCAUGGAUGCCCACAGACCAUCUGUUUCUGUCGAGUCUGGUUUCAUUGCCAACGACGUUGACCUGGCCAAGCAAAGUGGAUGGUGGCGCCAGGAUAAGACUGUGCCGCCUGUGUUCCAAGGAAGACGGGACCUCUACUACGAAACGGAGGAGUCGACAGAGGAAUCUCACAUUGUUCGUACGAUCCGCGUUCUCUUCCAGGAUUACUCGCAGACGAUCAUCACGGUGCAGUACGACCAAAAUAACGCAUCAGACGUCUUGCUUGAUCAAAGGCACGAUGCGCCUCCUAGAGCUCUCCGUCAAGAUGAGCUGGAACAGUCUUAUGAGCGAUUCGGACGGCCAAUCGCUGAGGCGGUUGCUUCUAAGAAGGAAACCAUUAUCGGCGACGGAACGCCUCAGGGCCUCAUUCAUGAGCUGCUCAAGCCGUUCAAUGAUGCACUGGCUCCCAUUGGCACCAGGGCCUAUGGCGCACUUGUUUACUCAAACAUGGGCAACGCGUCGACGCAACAGAACGACCAGAUCCGGGCUGGAGACAUCAUCUCCAUCCGCAACGCUCGCUUCCAGGGCAAGCACGGACCGAUGCAUGCCAAGUACUCGAUGGAGGUCGGCAAACCCGACCACGUUGCCGUCGUGUCCGAGUGGGACGGCACCAAGAAGAAGGUCCGCGCCUGGGAGCAGGGCCGCGAGAGCAAGAAGGUCAAGGUGGAGAGCUUCAAGCUCGACGACCUGCGCAGUGGCGAGGUCAAGAUCUGGCGCGUGAUGCCCCGGAGCUGGGUGGGAUGGAACAGCCCGUCUUAG